CGUGACUGUAUUCCGGCUCGUGGAAGAUGGCGGCGCCCAUCGCUGCAGCGUGAAAGCGGUUGGUGGAAGACGCUAUCCCUCCGUGCUGGAAUCAAGUCGGUGGCACCGUGUACCAUGUCGCGAUUGAUUGUGAAGAACCUCCCGAAUGGGAUGAAGGAGGAGCGUUUCAAGCAGCUGUUCGCUGCCUUUGGCACGCUGACGGACUGCAGCCUGAAGUUCACCAAAGAUGGCAAGUUCCGCAAGUUCGGCUUCAUCGGCUUCAAGUCCGAGGAAGAGGCCCAGAAGGCCCUGAACCAUUUCAACAGGAGUUUUGUUGACACUUCCCGAAUCACGGUGGAGUUCUGCAAGUCAUUUGGGGACCCGACAAAGCCCCGAGCCUGGAGCAAGCAUGCCCAGAAACCAAGCCAACCCAAGCCAUCUCCAAAGGACAAAGACUCUGUCCCCCUAGAAGCUAAGAAAGACAAGAAGAAAAAAUCAGCAAGUGAGCUGGAGAAGCUGAAGAAGGACACCGAGUUCCGGGAGUUCCUGUCGGUCCACCAGAAGCGGAUGCAGGCAGCCACUUGGGCUAAUGAUGCCCUGGACCUGGAGCCCUCAAAAGGGAAGAGCAAGCCAGCCAGUGACUACCUGAACUUCGACUCCGAUUCGGGCCAGGAGAGCGAGGAGGAGGGGUCUGGGGAGGGCCCAGAAGGAGAGGGUGACGGCCCCGAACCGAAGGCCGCUGUGCAGAAGGAGCUGUCGGACAUGGAGUACCUGAAAUCCAAGGUGGUGGGGGCCGACACGCCGCCCUCCUCCGGGGAGGAGAGUGAGGAUGAAGCCGUGAACUGUGAGGAAGGGAGCGAGGAUGAGGAGGGGGAUCCCUGUGCUGCCCCCACCCAGCAGGACCAAGACAGGACAAGGCCAGGCCCAGAACAGGGGACACCGUCUGGGAACAAGAAACCACGGGAGGCCAGAGCCGAGACGGAGAAACCAGCAGCCCCCAGGGAGCCCACCACUGCCCACACGGUGAAGCUGCGGGGAGCCCCGUUCAACGUCACAGAGAAGAACGUGCUGGAAUUCCUGGCACCCCUGAAGCCGGUGGCCAUCCGAAUAGUGAGAAACGCCCACGGGAACAAAACAGGGUACAUCUUUGUGGAUUUCAGCAGCGAGGAGGAAGUGAAGAAAGCUUUGAAAUGCAACAGAGAAUACAUGGGGGGCCGCUACAUCGAGGUAUUCAGGGAGCAGAACGUCCCCAUCACCAAGGGGCCCCUGAAGAGUAGUGCCAAACCCUGGCAAGGCCGGACGCUCGGGGAGAACGAGGAGGAGGAGGACCUGGCGGACUCCGGGAGGCUCUUUGUGCGGAACCUGCCCUACACCAGCACCGAGGAGGACCUGGAGCAGCUCUUCUCCAAAUUCGGGCCCCUGUCCGAGCUGCAUUACCCCAUCGACGGCCUGACCAAGAAACCCAAGGGCUUUGCCUUCGUCACCUUCAUGUUCCCCGAGCACGCCGUGAAGGCCUACGCGGAGGUGGACGGGCAGGUGUUCCAGGGCAGGAUGCUGCACGUGUUACCGUCCACCAUCAAGAAGGAGGCCAGCGAGGAUGCCAGUGCCCCGGGAUCCUCCUCCUACAAGAAGAAGAAAGAGGCCAAAGACAAGGCCAACAGCUCCAGCUCUCACAACUGGAACACGCUGUUCAUGGGCCCCAACGCGGUGGCUGACGCCAUUGCGCAGAAGUACAGCGCCACCAAGAGCCAAGUGUUCGACCAUGAGACCAAAGGCAGCGUGGCCGUGCGUGUGGCCCUGGGGGAGACCCAGCUGGUCCAAGAAGUGCGGCGCUUCCUCAUCGACAACGGGGUCAGUCUGGAUUCCUUCAGCCAGGCCUCUGCAGAGCGAAGUAAGACCGUGAUUCUGGCGAAGAACCUGCCAGCAGGCACCUUGGCAGCCGAGCUGCAGGAGAUCUUUGGCCGGUUCGGCAGCCUGGGCCGCGUGCUGUUGCCCGAGGGUGGCAUCACCGCCAUCGUGGAGUUCCUGGAGCCCCUGGAGGCCCGCAAGGCCUUCCGGCACCUGGCCUAUUCCAAGUUCCACCACGUCCCCCUGUACCUGGAGUGGGCUCCGGUGGGCGUCUUCUCCAGCUCAGCCCCGCAGAAGAAAGGAACCCAGGACGCACCCCUGGAACCUGCUGAAAAGGGCACCGCGGAGCCAGAGACUGUGCCCGACAGCGAGACUGUGGAAGCCGCAAAGGCAACAGAAGGAGGAGCAGAUGACUCUUCACCAAAGAUGGAGGAGGAGGAGGAAGAGGAGGAGGAAGAGAGCCUUCCUGGGUGCACUCUGUUUAUUAAAAAUCUCAACUUCGACACCACCGAGGAGACCCUGAGGGGGGUGUUCUCCAAAGUGGGUGCGGUGAAGAGCUGCUCCAUCUCCAGGAAGAAGAACAAAGCAGGGGCGCUGCUGUCCAUGGGGUUUGGCUUCGUGGAAUACAGGAAGCCCGAGCAGGCCCAGAAAGCACUCAAGCAGCUCCAGGGCCACGUCGUGGACGACCACAAGGUGGAGGUGAGGAUCUCGGAACGAGCCACUCAGCCAGCCCUGACAUCCGCUCGGAAGAAGCAAGUCCCCAGAAAGCAGACCACCUCCAAGAUUCUGGUGCGGAACAUCCCCUUCCAGGCUGACCUCCGGGAGAUCCGUGAGCUCUUCAGUACCUUCGGGGAGCUGAAGACCGUCCGCUUGCCAAAGAAGAUGGCCGGGACAGGCUCGCACAGAGGGUUCGGCUUCGUGGACUUCCUCACCAAGCAGGAUGCGAAGAGGGCCUUCAACGCCCUGUGUCACAGCACCCACUUGUACGGCCGGAGGCUAGUCCUGGAGUGGGCCGACUCCGAGGCGACCUUGCAGGCCCUGCGGCGGAAGACGGCCGAGCGCUUCCACGAGCCCCCAAAGAAAAAGCGGUCUGUGGUGUUGGACGGGAUCCUGGAGCAGCUGGAAGACAGUGACAACGACAGUGAGGAGCAAACCCUUGAGCUGCGAGCUGGCACCGAGCGGAGAUGGAAGUUGCCCAUUUCUCACGGCUGUGUCCCUGACAUGCGUGGAAAACAGCAAAAGCCAGGCCCAGACGCCUGCUGAUUCCGCUUCAAAGCGUCGCCUCAUCAGCCCCUGGAAUCAUCUGAGUUCAAGAGCCCCCGCCCAUGUGAUCUGUCGAGUCCUGCGCAGGUUGGAGAGACCAAGCACGGCGACGACUUUGUGCACAGGGCCCUCGGGUGAAUUCUGACGGUCGUGUGACCAUUAGAUGGGGGACGGCCACCAGUGCAUGGCAGGCCCAGAGGCCAGGGCACAGGGUAAGGUAACUGCUCACGGGCACGGCCCCAGCUCCGGUAUGCAGAGACCUGUGUUCUAGCCCAUUCCCUGGCUCUGUGACCUUGCACGAGUCAUUUCUCCUCCCUGUGCCUCAGUUUCCUCACAUGCAUGAGGCAGUUCAUCACACAGGUUGAAUAUCAUCACUUCUAAUUCUCACAAUAGAUUUUUUAAAAUAUUUUUUAUUUAUUUUUAGAGAGAGGAGAACGGAAGGAGAAAGAGAGGGAGAGAAACAUCAAUGUGUGGUUGCCUCUCACAUGCCCCCUGCUGGGGACCUGGACCUCAACCCAGGCAUGUGCCCUGACUGGGGGGAAUCCAAUUGGUGACCCUUUGGUUCACAGGCCCGUGCUCAAUCCACUGAGCCACACCAGACAGGGCUCACAACAGAUUUUUGAAUGCAAGGCACACAGUAGGCCUUCAGCACAGGCCAGUGGUCGCUGUGGUCCUUACCAUCCCCACCCCCUGCCCCUGUCAGCCCUGCAGGAGGACGCCCCCAGUGUCCACCCAGGUCUCUGCCUUCCACCCAGAGCGCUUGGGAGGCUGUGCCCAUGAGCAGCUAGUUAACCAAAUAAAUGAAUGAGGCAGGUCUAUGCUGAUAUAAAUCUCUGGAAGAGAACAUUUAGACACUCCAUAUUCACACUGGAUAUCAUUUAAAUUACCAGGCUGCCUCCUCGGCCCGUGUCCCUUAUUACCGUGUUUUUAAAACCCGGAGCUUAAUUGCACAUUGCCACAGCCUUUACCCACGGUGCCUGUGGAAAUUAGAGGCGGUUGCCUGCCCCCUCAUCUGCAGCCCGUCACUUCCUCCCUGGCCUGCAAGAGGCCUGGGGAUUGGACAUUGGAGGGACGUGCCUGCGUGGGAAGCAGGGACCCAUGUGAUGGGCUGGAGAGUGGACUGGAGAGGGAAGGGACCCAUCCAUCGCCUCCCUGCCUCUGCUUUGCCCCCGAUGGGCCUUUCUCCAUACAGCAGCCAGGAUGGUUCUUAAAUACAAAUCGCAUGAUGUCAUCCACCCAGCUUUGACUCCCAGAGCCUGGUUCACUCAGAUUAAAAGCAAACCCCUCCCUUUAGCACCCCCGCCACCAGGCCCUGUGGGCUCUGAACCCCCACAGCCUCUCUGAUGUCCACUCCCAUUACCUCCCACUCUGCCUUGCUUACCGUGUCCCAGCUACACUGGCCGCCUUGCUAAACCUCCAACAAAUCCCACUGCCCCAGGACCUUUGCACCUACUGUCUUCUGUGCCUGGCUUGCUCUUCUCCCAACAGUGGGCUCUUCCACCUGCCUCCAAUUCUGCUCCCAGAGGCCUUGUCUAAAAUAUGUCCCCUCUCCCUCCCUGUCUGCUUAUUCAGACUUUUUCCCCAUAAAAUUCAUUCCUGUGCAUCUACAUUUCAUAGCUUUGUUCUUUAGCAGCACUCUCUGCCACUAGAAUGUUCCCCCAUGAGAGCGAAGGCUUGGAGGAAAAGCAGUGAAGGAAACCGAGCCUGGAAGGCGACUCAACAGUAGGUGCUGCACCAGUGGCCAUCGAAAGAAUACGUGAAUUGUUACCUUUGGGUCGCACCCCUAAGUCCCUUUGCCACUGUGGACCUCUCCGUUUCCACAUCCCAUUCUACAGAAGUGGCAGGACAGAGCAGGUGGCAUAUGGGGCCGUUUGACAGAUGGGGACACUGAGGCUCAGGGCUGUGACGUGAGUUCCCAAAGAUCACACAGUGAGUUGCCAGCGGCCCUGUCCCCUUACUCUCUGACAAUGUACCACCCACCUCCCCCGACAGGGCCCCUGCCCCCUGUUCCCCCUGCCUGGGGGGCCCUUUACCCACCCCCUGAGCUGAGGGAGGCUCAGCUCUCUAGCCAGUGUCGACCCUCAGAGAUGAGGGCGAGACCUGCUUUUUAGAAGUUCUCAGCGCCCCUCCUCAUCUCCUCCCAGUGCCGAUUGGAGUUGUAAAUGUGAAAAGGCGAGAAAAAAAUGUUUUGUUCGUGGGGGAGGGAGGCACCUCACGGAGUGCAGGCGGCAGCAGCUGCGCCAGGCCGGGCUCCCAGCAGGCAGACUCUGAGUUCCUCUGGGGGGCUGCAACAACCUUCGGGGAGGCGGCAGGAGACAGCAAGGCGAGGAGGAGGAGGGAAACAACAUGGCACACGUGAAUGAAUGGAGGUGACCGCGGGGGGCAGCAGGGCUGCUCCCACUGGGAGACGGCGGAACGUGCCUUGCAGGGCAAGGAAGCCGGGAGUUUUGUCCCCCUGCUCCCAUCCGCUGUUGAUGGAGGGUAGCUCUGGGGACACUCACUUCCUGGCACUUCUGACCUACCCUGAGUGAACACUGAGCUCACCCCUGUGGCCACAGGAAGCCCUGCCACCAGGCAGAGAGAGGCGGGCAGUGGAGGUGGGACGCCAUCAGUGUGUUUGAGGACCGUCCUCUGAACUGCCCAGAGUGGGCCAAAUGACAUGCUCAGAAGCCGACAGUGUCUGCUGUGGCCACUCGUGGUUACUAUUUGCCUGUUUAUCAAACAGCCGAACAACAAACACUGUUUACUAAAACCAGCUGUGUGUGCCGCCCUGAGACCCUCGGCCCUGCCUUCCUAGAACAGAAACUCUAGCUAGGGAGCCUAGACUGAAACACCCAGCACAGCCCGAUGAGGCGGGGACACUUAGCAGAUGAGGCACAGAGAGGUAAAGUGAUUUAUACAAGGUCACACAGCACGUAAGUCGCGGUGCUGGUGCUAGGUCCUGAACCCAGGGCCACACCCUUAACCCCCAUUCACAAGUCCCUGGCCCAGGCACCAUAAGGGGUAGCUGUUCAUAGAUUCCUCCCAUGCCAUGAGUCCUUUCUCUACUUUAAUCAUUCCAUUUUACAGGUGAGCAAAUUGAGGCCCAGCAGGCACCUGAUCACAGGGCGAGUACGAGCCAGAAGCCGGGGUUAGACACCCAAGUCAGCCGCCUCCCUGGGCCUCAGUCUCAGUCACUGCCCCCUCCUUCGGAGGCCAGCAAGCAGAAGACCCAGAAGUAAUGAUAUUUUUUUCCCAUUGAGCAGCUGCCAUUUAUUGAGCAAGUACUGUUUGCCAGGCCAUUUGCAUAAACUCCCCAGCGCUCUCAGCUACCCACCCUGUGAGGUGUUAAUACGCCCGUUUUACAUUUCACAGCUGAGGAGACUGACAUACAUGGGCUUUAGUUCCCACCCCCGCCAAGAGGCAGGGCCAGGACUCAAACCCUGGUCAGUCUGAGCCCAGAAUCUAAUCUGCCUUCACGCUUGACAUAGGCAUUCCUUUUAGGAUGUGUGAGCUUGAUUGCCUCCUGUCGACAGGGGGCUCACCACCUUGCAAAGCAGGCCAGUCCACUGCUGGGCAGCAUUAACUGUGUCUCCCUGGUCCCCAUAUGAGGGCUCUGAGUUCCAAGGCUGGGUCCUGUUUAGCUUAUUACCCUCAGAGCCCAGCACUGGCCUCAGCUGCCAUUAUUCCGAGCUGCUUUCUCUCCAGUGCUGAAUUCUGCGUCUCGGUCUUCAUCGACCCUGCGUGGCAUGAAAACUCAAUGUAAUGUCUCCGGGAAAGGGUUGAGAGACAAGGAAACAAGUUAAAAUCACCUAAAAUAAGUCUGGGAAAGCAUAGAACAGAGUACCCACCACAUGGCACACACUCAAAAAAGAGGAAGCAGGUGUUAAUAUCAUUAUUUGUAUUAUUAUGAUGAUUAUUGUUAUUAUUAUUAACAGCAGCAGCAUUUGGAGCUAUUUUAAGAACACCAGGAACUCCCAUGCCCACAGUUGGGAGCCCCCCAACCACCAGCAGACCCAACACAUUCAAAUGUACCCGUAGCCCCCAUUUAAGACAAUUUUCUGUGAAAAAAAAUAAUUUGGAAGG